UUUCUAUUCGCGAAAAUUAAUCUCUUAUUGUAGAUAUUAUUUUUUCUAGCCGAAAAAAUAAUAACAUUUUAGAAAUUUUUAUUACUAUUGCAUUUUAAGAAGGAGUAUGAAGUAUUUUGUUCUCGUAUCCAACUUUAAGGCAUACACGUUUCCCGAAUAACAUGUUUUUAAAAGUUAUUGAAUUUUGAUGUUUUGACUUUAAGAUCAUAUUUAGCAUCAUUUAAUUGGUGUGUGUAAAUUUUCAACUUAAUCCGACAUGUGAAAAUGAUGUUUUUCUGGUAUUAUGCUACACGGUCAAGGUCUUCUUAAUUUUUGAUUUGUACUAAUAAGCUUCUGUUUCAAGCAGAGGUCAAUUAGUACAGAGUUUAAAAAACAUGUAACAGGUAGUUCCUUUUGCUAUAUGAAUCUAAAGAUUUUACAUUUUAUCCAGUCUCAUGUGAGAAUUUCAAAAAUCACAUUCAUUUUGUUUGACAAAGUUGAGAAAUAGCAGCGGUAUAUCAAAGACAGCUAAUUCGGGAGAUGUGUAUUCUGUCCCCGAUUUUUUGUCUAAUAUACUUGAAAAGCAAUGGAAAUACAUCAUACAUGGAAUUACCAUUUUGUAGAUGUUGUUCUGAAGACAAUUCUGUUUAUAGAAAAAAAAUUUCUAUGCAUUGAGAAAUCUUUAUUAAAGUAAUUUGAUGACGUCAUUAACUUAUGGUUUUAAAGGGCAACGACCACUUUCCGCGUGACGUAGUUGUUUUCAUUUAAUUGUGAGAACAAUGGACUCACACAGUAAAAUGAUUAUUAAUAAAGAUUAAAGGGGCACUCCAGUGAAAAAAAAAUAUUUGAAAAAAAUGUUAUUUUUAUAAGACAAUACAUAAAUAUGUCAAAAUAAACCUUUUACAAUCGUUAAAAAUCUUUAUUUAUACCUUAAUCGCGUCCGUAAACAUCUUCAAUUUCAAAUAAAUUUGCAAGGUCGCGUAAAGUCGAGAGGACUAGGUCCGAAUAAAUUAGCAUACGUCACAUCGUGCAAAAAGUCCGUGAGCUCAGCAGCACGCCUUCUAAAAGUUUUGUUUACUUACUGUUUACAUUGUUCGUUGAUAAGAUGUCUUGUAAUAAUGACGAAGAAUAUAACUUAGAAAGCUCAGAAUCGGAUAAUUCUCUUCAUGAAAAAGACUUUACAAAGCUACAGCCAUACGAAUUUGAACCUCUUGUGUCUGACGAGGAAGAAGUUAGUAACGGUGUAGAAAAUGACGAGGUUUCUUUUACUGAUGCAGAGCCACGUACGGGUAAUGCAAAUUGGUGUGAAUGUGGAAAUUGUAGAGCAAUGGAAACCGAUACUGAAAGCGUGUGCUGUGUCGAGUCAAACGAAAUUCCUGAUGAGUUUUUCCAAGGUCAUAAAUGCGUUACAGAAGCUGCUGAUUUUCAAGUGGUUGUUUUGACAAAAGCUGUUUUAGAAACUGCGUUAUCUGCAUUGCAUGAUUUGAGAGGAGACACUUUAGAAUUAAAAAAUGAAUCUUAUCGUUACGCUGGUUAUAAACAGUUCACUUGGUGGAUACACAGUCGAUUGGGAAAAGGGGUGAGAAGAGUGAUUCCUUCUUGUGUAGUAUGGGCAAUUCGAAGAAAAUAUCCGGCAGAAGAUGAAAAAUAUGUUUUAUUCAAAGAAAGUUGAAUAAAAAUAAAAAAAUAAAAAAGUCACGUUUUAAAUCUUGUCCUGAUGGCUUUAAUGGCAACAUGAACAACUUGAAAGUCGAUGAUUUUAUUGAUGUCUACGCUCAUUAGAGUGUACGUACCAUACUUUGCACUGUAACCUGGAGAGUCACUUUACAUACAAAAAGCGAUUUAAAUGUAAGCCAGAGGUCUUAACAUGAACGUUCUCUGCGCUCGCUUAAACUUUCUGCACGAUGUGAUGUCAUUGUUUAUAAUCGGGUCCAGUCCUAAAUGAAAUCGCGCCUGUCUGUUUUUUUAUAAGAAAAAAAUUGAAUAUGCGAAGGCUAGUACAACGAUUUUAAAUAAGGAAAACAAGUGAAGUAAGUUUUUUUUGAUUUCUUAUGCUUUUCUGAGUACGUAUAAAACAAAAAAGAAAAAAGUGAUUUUUACUGGAGUUCCCCUUUAAAGAUUUUUUGAGUAGCAUAAUAUCCAAGAGGAACUGGAAUUAAAUUUUAAUUCUAUUCUUAUUAUUAUUAUUAUUUUUUUUUUUUAAUUCACUAAUAUCAAGCAGAAAAAAUUUUUUUGGAUGGAUUUCUUCGAUUACUGUGGCUGUUGUUUAUAUUUUCAACCUACAGAAAUGCCUGCGCAUGUGCGAAAAACUAAAAACUUUUUUUAAUUUUGUAAACAUUGGCAAGUCAUCUAUUCGUCGCAUUGAGUACAUGGUUUUUUAGAAAGUCUAAAGAACAUCAAUCACUUUUCGGAUAGUAUAUACUCUGGGUUUAAAUAAAAAAAAAAUUAUGACUCCAACCAAGUCUGCUGAGUAUGGGACUUUUUCGGUUUGAUUUUACUAUAAAAAACUUUGAAAUGGCUUAAACUGUGUAAUAAAACAUGCAAGAAAAUAAUUGGUGACAAAAAUUGAGGUUCUGGUAUUUUUGCAAACACGCUUUUUCCUCAAGAUCACCAUGAGACGAUGGCACAGGUUUUUGCGUGAAAUUCGGUUGUGAAAUGUGUUUCGCAUAAUUACUCUUCCACUUAAUGUUGAGAAUGUCAAAGAGAA